CAGGACUGCUGCAUUCAAUCGAGCAUGCGACCCUCCCGCAUCUUCCCCAUGGCCCUUGCCAUCGUUGAGGCCCUCUAUUGGCGCCCGGAAGACCCUCACAGGCAUUCUGGGUCGCCCAGAAACUUGUCUUAUCACGGUUGGCCGAGUCUCGACCCUAUGAGCCUACUCGCUUAGAGCCACUCCUCCGAACUAGGCCUUGACCGGUAUCGAUAACUUUCUUACCGCCAAUUCGUGUGACUAACCAAGCCUCGCAAUGCGUUGAACUAUCGAAGAUAGGAUCCCAUUUCCUGCUCUAGCGUCUCACACGCAGGGACAGACCAUGGCGGGGGCCUAACUUUCUCUCCUAAGCCUCGCGAGCCCGAUUAUGCGAGGAAUGUUUAUAUUCGAAGACCCUUGAUAUCGAGGGUCCAUCUCCACUCUUUGUUCCCUUACAGCCUUGCUGCAAACAAUGUCUGGAUAUCUCUUUGUCCGUGACGGCCACCCGUCUCGUCACCAAGUCAAAUUCCAAGACAACGACCUCGAUGAUAACGAGUCCAAUGGCAAUGACAUGGAGAUGGAUCCUUCCGGACAGCAAGAAACCCCUGCAAAUGAGGCAGACGAGCAGAUAAAAGAAGAUGGGAAAAGUUCUGGCGAUGGACCAAACCCGGCUUUUACCAUUACAACCAACCGUACUGGAGAUGAACCGGCCACUCCAAAGGAUGGGCUGGUCCUGGGAGGUGGCCAAACGAUCAAACUCAUGCUUGUGCCGGACAAACCACCAGCACCACCACCCGCUCCGGCGAAAGAGAAGAAGCCUCAUCCUCAGGCCAAGAUGAAGAAGUUUUGGAAGAACUUCGAUCCCGAGUACACUGGCAAAGUCACUCGCGUUCUACCCGACCGGAUCACAGAGAAGGAUCUCAGCGCCGUGACACUUGUCGGCGAGAUCGCCCACAAGGCCAUCAAGUCCUACGAGGAUGCCAAGGCAUCUUGUAUUCGAGACGUGAAACGAAUCAUUAGGGAAUGCCGAGCCUCGAACCAGAAAUACACCGAUUCUCACUGGGAUAUCGAAAGGGAUCUGAAGAUCACCAGGAUCAGGGAUUGCCUGGACGGCCUGAUCAUUGAGGAUGACGACAAAGAAUAUCCGGCAGAUGCAAAACGAGUCACAGAUAUCUUCGACGAACCAAGGUUCUACGUGAAUGGUGUCUCUUACGACGAUAUUCUGCAAGGAUCGGCAGGAGAUUGCUGGUUCUUGGCCGCCAUUUCUACCUUGAGCUGCAAUCAAGAAUUCAUUGAUCGUGUUUGCGUGAUCCAGGAUCAAGCAGUUGGUGUCUAUGGCUUCGUGUUCCACCGUGAUGGUGAGUGGCACCAAUGCAUCAUUGAUGACAAGCUAUAUCUCCGGGCACCGGCAUACGACGAGAGCGGGGAUGUAGUUCUGGGACAAUAUGGAAUCCGAAGGCCGGACCAGGAAGACCAGUACCAAGAACUUUUCCAGCGCGGAUCCAAGUCAUUGUAUUUUGCUCAGUGCCGAGAUCAAAACGAGACUUGGGUGAGUCUUCUCGAAAAGGCCUAUGCUAAGGCGCAUGGAGAUUAUGCUUCCAUCUCCGGCGGACAAACCGGGGAGGCGAUUGAAGACCUCACUGGCGGCGUCACGACCGAAAUAUAUACCACCAACAUCCUGGACACAGAUGCGUUUUGGAAAAAAGAACUCAGCCGCAUCGGAAAGGAUUUCGUUUUCUCUUGUGCUGCGGCGCGCUGGCGCGAGUGGCGCCCAUAUCUGGUGGCGAACGAAAAGAUCCGAGAGGAGCGUCGCUCUGGGAUCGUGAGCCAACACGCUUAUGCAGUCCUCGACACAUAUGAAGGCCAUGGGCAACGGCUGGUCAAGAUCCGCAACCCUUGGGGCCGAAAAGAAUGGACAGGUGCCUGGAGUGACGGAUCCAAAGAGUGGACCGCUGAGUGGUUGACAAGAUUGAGCCACCAGUUCGGUGACGACGGUGUCUUCUGGAUGACCUACAAGGAUAUGUUGAGCAAGUACAAAUACAUCGAUCGGACCCGCAUCUUUGGCUCUGACUGGCAAGUUGCUCAGCAAUGGAUGUCAGUGCAAGUGCCCUGGAGUACGCUGGACUACCAGACAAACCACUUCUCAAUCGCUGUUCCCGAAGACACGGAUGCGGUGAUUGUACUCUCUCAGCUUGAUGAGCGGUACUUCAAGGGAUUGCAGGGUAAGUACAAUUACACUAUGCAAUUCCGAGUGCAGAAAGACGACGACGACGAAGAGGAAUACCUCGCUCGAAGUAAGAUGAACUAUGAGUUGAUACGCUCUGUGAACGUCGAAGUGCGUCUGACCAAAGGUACUUAUACUGUGCUGGUCAAAGUCGAGGCGCACGCCACUGGACGAGAUGAGGUGGAGAAUGUCAUCAGAAAGAAUAUCCACCGACGAGACAAGAUCACUCAAAUCGGCAAACUGUACGAUCUGGCUCAUCAGAAGGGCCAGCUCCCUUCGUCCUCGUCGCCGUCGGGAGUUACCUCAAAGUCUGCAUCUGGAACUUCAACUCCUGUCCCCUCUGGAGCCAGAACACCGUCCACCUCGUCCUCUUCUUCGGCGCCGGCAGCAGCGGACGAGGCCAAACAAGAUUCUGACGACAAUGAGAAAGACCCUAAUCGCAACCCAUGGAACGCAAGCUGCGUUGUUGGGCUUCGCGUCUACAGCAAGCAGCCGGAUCUCGAGCUCAGGGUCGUCGUGCCGUCCAAGGAGGAUGUCCACGAGAUGCCGACACUUGACCGAGACGACGUGGCCAAGAGCGCGCUGGACGAGGUCCAAGCCGUUGCAGAGAAGGUAGAAGAGGUUGUUGGAGACAAGAAAGAAGGGGAAGAGGAAGGAGAAGCCGAAGACGAGAAGAAGGAAAAUGACGAGGCGAACCCAGAUGAGACAGAAACAAAGAAGGCCGUUACCCGAAGCGAGAGGCUAAUUGUCGAGAGUGAUGAGGACGAAGACGACGACGACGACGACGAGGAAGAAGAAGACGGCAGUGAUGGUAGCGACGACAACGACGGUGACGAGUAAACAUGGCGCUUGAAAGCCAGAGCGAGCGCCUGCAUUUCAACUUUUGCGUUCCAGCAAGGCGCCAGGAGCAUUCAGUUGCUGAAAGACUGACCAAAUCUCCUGGGUAGGGAGAACCAGACUGUUCUCGCGUUCCCAGCGUUUUGUUACGGCGUUUUCAGCGUGUUGGUUAUGAAGGAUACUGGGCUGUUCCACUCAUCUUGCGCCGCACCGCUGACUGGAUGGCAUAUAUCCGGCGGGCUCCAAUUGAGAGUAUGGGAUCAGAUACGUUUCAUUUUGACUCACUCCAAUCAGAACUAUACAACAAUAUCCCCUCAAUCAACCACCAACCCCAUCCGCACCAGUGCACUGUCACACUGUCCAGUGUGUCUGAAGACCAAAUCCCCAAGUCAAACAAGGGAAGAAAGGAUCCUCCUGUACCGAGGAGUCCCUGGGCCUAGACCCGGUUUCGAAACUGGACUCAGGAUCCGAAGGGGAGGCGGAAUAGGCCCCUUGGUCCUCGGCAUUUCCCUCUAUGUAUUUCAUAUCUUUACAGAUACGUUUCCUCGUACCGUCUAUAGUUUGUCUGCGGCCAUAGCCUCACCAGCCAGCCAGCUACGAUGGAAAGCGAAGAAUUGCCUUUUGGUAGAAGAUCAUGUCUC